GCCGUCCUCCGCAGCCGACGCCGCGGUGCGCAUUAAUGCUGAGGGCUGGCAAUUGCCGCCCGGACGAGUCUUUCCUCCCGCCGGGUGCAGGCGGCGAGGAUGAGCCAGAGAGACACCCUGGUGCACCUCUUCGCCGGCGGAUGUGGCGGUACUGUUGGUGCAAUUCUGACAUGUCCACUGGAAGUUGUGAAAACACGAUUGCAGUCUUCCUCUGUGACUCUCUACGUCUCUGAAGUCCAUCUCAACACUGUGAAUGGUGCUACCGUCAAUCGAGUAACUAGAGUUUCUCCUGGACCUCUCCAUUGUUUGAAGAUGAUCUUGCAAAAGGAAGGUCCUCGUUCCCUGUUCAGAGGGCUGGGCCCUAAUCUAGUAGGUGUUGCUCCUUCCAGAGCAAUAUAUUUUGCUGCCUACUCAAACUGCAAGGAAAAGUUAAACAGUAUUUUCAAUCCAGAUUCCACCCAAGUACACAUGAUUUCAGCUGGUGUGGCAGGUUUUACUGCGAUCACAACAACUAAUCCCAUUUGGCUAGUAAAGACACGAUUACAGCUUGAUGCAAGGAAUCGUGGAGAAAAGCGAAUGAGUGCUUUUGAAUGUGUCCAAAAAGUUUACCGUUCAGAUGGUAUUAAAGGCUUUUACAGAGGAAUGUCAGCGUCCUACGCAGGCAUAUCUGAGACUGUUAUUCAUUUUGUUAUUUAUGAGAGUAUUAAGAGAAAACUACUGGAGUAUAAGACUGCCUCUGCUAUGGACAGUGAGGAUGAAUCAGCAAAAGAGGCUUCGGACUUUGUUGGCAUGAUGAUGGCUGCUGCCACUUCCAAAACUUGUGCAACAUCAAUAGCAUAUCCUCAUGAGGUUGUACGAACAAGACUAAGAGAAGAGGGAACAAAAUACAGGUCUUUCUUCCAGACACUAUCUUUGCUUGUGCGAGAAGAAGGGUAUGGCUCCCUCUACAGAGGCUUAACUACACAUCUGAUCAGACAGAUUCCAAACACGGCUAUCAUGAUGUCAACCUAUGAAGUGGUAGUCUACUUGCUCGAUGGAUAGCAAUGCAACAAGGCUUCCUAGAAGAAGGUGGAAGAUGGAGAGACUGGAGUGGACCACUGAAUGUCAAUGCCGACGUGAUGGGCAAAGGAAAGAUGUAUCAGGAACAUGCAGCUAUGGACAAAACGGAAGGCUGGUUGUGGGCAAAUCUGGAUAAUCUUGCUGCCUUACUGUAUGGUCUCUUGACAGUGUGAUAAAUGGGAGCUACUCCUUAGGGAAUACCUUUAUACAUUGCUAAUUCAAAGUUGUUACUUUGUUUUCACCUGUUAAUCCAGGCAAGGCUGUUAAAUCAUCUUCAGACACCUAAUAGGUGAGGGAGGGAGUGUAAAAUUUAGUACUGGGCAGCUUUAUUCACUUCCCUUAGUGAUUGCUCUCAACUGUCCUUUUUUGGUCUGUUCUACUGCACAGUAACCUGUGGGAAGAAUGGGAAAGACAGUGCUUUCAUACCUUUCUGUAUCCAAAAUGGCCAUUCAGUUGCUCUGAAGAUUCAUAGAGAGUGAGAUAAUAGUGAGUGUGUAAAGUUUUCCAUGUUGCUAUCUCAAGACAAAAUAUGGUGCAGGCACACAGAACAGUGAUUUCUUCACUAUUAGGAGUGGUACUCGGUGGUU